UACAUCUUUUGGCAUUAUUGUUUACUAACAAAGUCUUAGAAGUCGUUUAUUUUGAUCUGCUGAUGUUUAUGCAAAUAAUCAUUUCAGUAAAAUGAAUUCGAGCUCGAAGCUGCUUUGCCGCCUAUGUUUGGAAAGUAGUGACGGCUUAGUAAACAUUUUCGAACAGUUUCAAGACUCAACCAUCGCUUCAGUUUUGGCAAAACAUUUCUGGUUUCAGGAUGAUAAUAUGCCGGAAUGGGUGUGUGAAAUGUGUUGGAGCCAAACGAAAACAUUUCACCACUUCUACAAGCGAUUAGAGUUACGCCAUCAGAACUACUUCAACUCAAUCGGUUUGGUUGAUGAAAUAAAGCAAGAGCGAUGUGUCAGUCCUGUAGAGGCAGCGGUGGAAGCUUUUCUCUUUGUAGACAAAUGCGAAGAAGAAACGGAUAUAACAAUAAAGACUGACGACAUGCAGACACCAAGCAUGGAAAACAGUUGUGAUGAAGAUGAUGACGACAAUAGGGGCUCUCAAAGUGAAGCUAAGGGAUCCUUUGACGAUGAUAAUGAACCAUCCGUUGAUAAGCCUAGAAGAUAUAACUCGAUCAGUCGAUCGGAAAUCGAGCGACAGGAUGCAGAGAUUCGUAAAUUUUUCCCGAUGAAAUGCGAUUUUUGCAGUGACGUUGAUUUCGACACAUUGAAGAAAAUGAGGAAACAUUAUCGUCAAGUGCAUAAAGUAGCUAAAGGAUAUUUGGUUUGCUGUGGAAAUAAGUACGCGUCACGCUUUCUGAUGAUGGACCAUAUCCAGUAUCAUGUUAAUCCAGACGCACAUCGCUGCGACCAGUGCGAUAAAAGAUUUGCAAGCAGAAAUCUGCUGAAAACUCAUAUGAAGUGUCACAUCCGUGCGCAUAAAUGCAGUCUUUGUUCAAAAACGUUCCCCUCCGCAGCUAAGUUAAAUUACCACGUUCAAGAUAGACAUUCCGCGGAUACGAGCGUAAAAUUUCCUUGCGACCAGUGUGUCAAAACCUUCCGGACAAAGCUAUUGCUAACCAUUCACAUAAAAAACGUUCAUGGUCAAUGGCCGGAACACAUUUGUGAGAUAUGUGGUCGUAAAUAUAAAAACAAAUUAAAUCUGCAAAUCCAUAAGGAAUUGGAACAUUCUACAACACCGCCGCCGAAAGUUCAGUGCGACAUUUGCGGAACUUGGUUAAAGCAUAAAGGACGCCUUGCGGCACAUUUAAAAUUACAUCAGGAAAUGAAAGAUGCUCAGAACGGCAACGCAAAGGCUCUGAGUUGCCCGAUUUGUAAGAAAAAGGUGCAGAACAAGCGGUUGUUGAGUGUGCAUAUCAGAUGCUCUCAUGGCGAACGAAAUUAUAAGUGUACAUUGUGCGACAAGGCAUUCAAAACGAGUCAGGGCUUAAAGGAACACAUAGCAGCACUUCACACUGGUGCAGAUUUGUACAGUUGUGCGUACUGUGAUAGGACUUUCAAAUCGAGAGCGAACAUGUACAAUCAUCGUAAGAAGGUCCAUUUAGCAGAGUGGACCAGAGACAAAGCAGAAAAGGAGAUAUGCAAUCAAGAAACACCUAGUGAAACUGAAACAACAGCUAAGACAGUGGUUGAUGAAUAAAUCUUGCAACGGAAUCAAUGAUGUUUUUUGUGCGAUGCGAAAGAAUGAUUUCGA